AUGGCCGUUCCGGUGUCGAUAAUUUCAUACGGCGGCGGCGCGACGGCGUUCACCGCGACACCGCCAACUUUCGCGCAGGUUUACUAUGGUUCGAAUUACGUGUCGGACAAAAUCAAUUAUUGCGCUCCGUCGUACGUGCAGCGUAUCAAAAAGCGACUUGCCGCCGAAGGAAGUGCCGCCGAUCCAUCCGAGGAGAAUCAAGACCGUCGUGGCGCACUUUUCUGCCGAUCCGGCACUUGGCUCGAACUAACACCGUCCGAAUACGAUGAGACGUUGGUUGUGCGCGGCACAAAAACCGAAAGCUCGAAAUUCAGCAUAUUCGAUUUCAUCUCGGUCGCGAUUGGUCUCGUCUCGAUUCGUGGCGUCGAGACCAACAAUUUCGUGUGCAUGGACCCGUCGGGCAAACUCUACGCGACGCCGGCUUCGAACUAUUCGACGGAAUGCGUGUUCCACGAGGAGAUGAUGGAGAAUUACUACAAUCUGUACUCGUCAUGUGCCUACGGAAAUCGCUCGGCGCCCUGGUAUCUCGAAAUUCGACGUAGCGGCAAACCGCGAAAAGGCUCGGCGAGUCAGAAGCGGCGAAAAGCAAGUCAUUUUCUAGUGGUUCACUACGAUCUAUCACGGUUUAAAAAUCCAACGAAACCAAAUGGAAACGAUGUCAGAAAUUUGGUGGUCGCCAGCUUAUACCACCGACCGCCAAGUCAUCCAUUCUUUCAAGGGCCGAAUGUUCAGAAGCCGACAAUGCCAACGCAUCGAAUUUCCAGUUUUCGAGCGCGAGUGAGCCACGCCGACGAGAAUGUCCGAUUGCAAAAUCACGCCGAGAAGAAGAAGCGCAGAGAGAAAAAGAAAAGGCGACGCGAGGAGAGACUGCAGCGCGAGGAGAGACGCAGGCGAGAGCGCCAAGAAGAGUUGAAGCGACUGCGCGCCGACGAGCUGCGAAGGUCGAGGCAUCAUCAAAUGUACCGAAAUUCGCUUCGCCAGCAUCAGCUCAACAAUCGCAACAAUCAGCAGCAGCAACAGCAGAAUAGCUACCAGCAGCAACAGCACAAAUACCAGCAGCAGCGGUUGCAGCGGCAGCAUUUCUAUCCGCCGCCGACGACAGCGACUACACGUCGCUAUUCUCCAUCACCACCACCACCUCCGACACCCUACUACCACCAUCCCCAUUACCAUCAAUACCAUCAUCAUUACACUACUGCGCGUCCGCGCCAACCCUAUUGGCCCCCACCAUCACACCAUGCUCAGCCACCAUCUCAUGUGCCGGCGCGCGCCUAUCCCUAUUGA